AUGGAACAAGAUACACCAGUAGUUGCAUUUACUACAACAGAUCUAAAUAUUUAUAAAGUUAGUGAUUGUAUGAAUAAAGAAUUUCAAUGGGAAUUUAAUACAUUACAAUUCCCUGCGGCUGUUCAUUUUUGUGUAACAGAAAAAACUAUUGGAUGUGAAAAACAAUUCAUGGAAGAUUUAAAUAAAGCACUAGAUAUCAUUAGAAAAGACCCAAAAAAUCCUAAAUACAAUGUAUGGGCACCAGUUUAUGGAAUGACGUCAAGUCUUCCUGACAUUGAUACUCUUGAAGAUAUGGUGAGUCAAGUUAUUGCUCAAUAUUGUGAUGUUAUCUAA